AGUUCAACCCUAUUCGAUCCUCUCCAUGCCGUCCAACCCUAUUCGAUUCUCCGAAAAUAAUGUCAUUCCGAACUAGAAACACGCCCUCUUUCUAUCUGAAAUUCAAUUUUGCUUGUGGAUUAUCGAUUAAUCACUGAUAACCGCGUCUAGGAUUCUCUUAUUUCAACAUAACUCUACAGAUUUCUCAUCCGAAUUGCUAAAUCAAAACAACGAUCUGGAUCGAAUUGGAGUAAUGAAUCAUAGAGCCAUAAGGAUGAUUCUGAAGCCCCUUUCUCUUCAAUCUUCAUCAAGGUACGCUCCUUCCAUCUCCACUAUAGGUCUGAACUCAAAUCCCCAAAACCCCAGUUCAGUAUUCUCUCGAUUGUACUGGUCUGAAACCAUAGCCGAAACCACAGUCGACAACGGCGAUGUUGAAACAGUUUUCCGAAUAGUCAGUAGCGCUUCAUCAACUCGGAACUUGAAACAAUCUCUGAAAUCGAGCGGAGUGUUCCUCUCUAACGAUUUGAUCGAUAAAGUUCUGAAAAGGGUCAGAUUCAGCCAUGGAAACCCUUUUCAAGCUUUGGCUUUCUUCAAUUAUACCAAUAAGAGGAAAGGGUUUUACCACACUCCGUUCUCGUUGGACACAAUGCUCUAUAUCUUAGGAAGAAGCCGUAGAUUUGAUCAAAUUUGGGAGCUUUUGGUUGAAAUGCGUAGAAAGGACCAAUCUUUGAUAUCGCCGCGUAGUGUUCAGGUGGUUUUAGGUAGAAUUGCCAAGGUCUGCUCGGUGAAGCAGACAGUGGAGUCGUUUAGGAAGUUCAGGAAACUGGUUCCGGAGUUCAAUACUGCUUGUUUCAACGCUUUGUUGAGAACUCUAUGUCAAGAGAAGAGUAUGAGAGAUGCGAGGAAUGUGUAUCACAGUUUGAAGCAUGAUUUUCGGCCAGAUUUACGAACUUUUAAUAUACUUUUAUCUGGGUGGAAGUCUGCAGAGGAGGCUGAGGGCUUCUUUGAUGAGAUGAGAGAAAUGGGGGUUGAACCCGAUGUUGUUUCCUAUAAUUGUUUGAUUGAUGUCUACUGCAAGGGGAGGGAGAUAGAGAGGGCGUAUAAGGUGAUUGAUAAAAUGCGGGAUGAGCAGAUAUCACCGGAUGUGAUAUCUUAUACUAGUAUUAUCGGAGGUUUGGGGUUGGUGGGUCAGCCGGACAAAGCUCGGGAUGUUUUGAAGGAAAUGAAGGAGUAUGGAUGUUACCCAGAUGUUGCUGCAUACAAUGCAGCUAUCAGGAACUUCUGCAUUGCAAAUAGGCUUGGUGAUGCUGACGGUUUGAUGGAUGAGAUGGUUGGUAAGGGUUUGAGUCCUAAUGCCACUACUUACAAUUUGUUCUUUAGGUGUUUUUAUUGGUCCAAUGAUUUGGGGAGGUCAUGGGGUUUGUAUCAGAGGAUGAAAAAGACUGGGUGCUUGCCAAACACUCAGUCUUGUAUGUUCCUAACCAGGUUGUUUAGAAGGCAGGAGAAGGUGGAAAUGGCGCUUGAGCUUUGGAAUGACAUGGUGGAGAAGGGUUUUGGGUCUUAUAUUCUGGUGUCUGAUGUGUUGUUUGAUAUGCUUUGUGACAUGGGGAAGCUGGUGGAGGUGGAGAAGUGUUGUUUACAGAUGAUAGAAAAGGGGCAUAAACCGAGCAAUGUUUCUUUUAGGAGAAUCAAGGUGCUCAUGGAAUUGGCAAACAAGCAUGAGGCCCUUCAGAAUUUGACAGAGAAGAUGGCUAUGUUUGGGCCUUCAACACAAGUUCGGGAAAGAGCAGAAAAUAUGGUAGAGAUAUCAGAUUUAGAAUCACUUCCAUGUUGAAUCAGAUAGUCCCAAACAUACUGCAAAAGCUGUAGGACUCCUAAGCAAAAGGCUUAAGGUGUGGCCAAGUAAAGUUUCUACUACUAGUUCUCACUUAUAUGGUCAGAGCGAGGAGUGGUUUAAGAAAACGCAGAAGAACUAGAGGGGAUAGGGGGAUGCGAUGAAGGUAAUUGCAGUCAGUGUGGUUGGGUUGGGUGGAGGUUCUACUACUUUCUGGCAGGUGGAAGAAGUAGGAAACAGUGUUCUACAGCCCAUAGCAAAUCCUCCCCUACGUGAGUGGACUAUGUACUGUUUAUGCAGUGAUGGUAAAGGCCAUCAUGUUUCUCCUUGUGCAGCCCAAGUGAGAUGUUCUCGAUUAUAAAAGGCUUUGGUUUGCCGGUUAUUCUGUAAAGGCCAGCCCUCACUGCAAUUGUCACUAGCCAUGCGAAAACAACUUCACCGAGACAUGGCUUAAAAAGCACUUUCGGCAGGGUUUCCGGCGCCUCUACUCGAUCAAUAUAAUGAGAAUGUAUGAUAACCACUUUGUCAGUAGAAUUCUAAGAAAAGCCACCUGAUCGAAGGCAAUGCCAGAAUUUUUAUUUCUAAAUAGAACACCUUCAUCCA